UACUAAUGUCAACGAUGAUGCCUCUUAAAUAAAUGAAGCCAGUGCGGCGAUUCUCUCUCUCCCUCCCUUCCCCCCCCCCCCCUCCCUGCCUUGUAUCGACUAUCGACCCAAUCUUCCAUUUCCACCUAACCGUCAUCUUCUCCAUCAACAAAAUCUGUAUCUCUCUCCUUCCCUCACUCGGAUGACAGAGAUCACUCACCUGAGCUCACACCUCAUCGAGCUCAUCCUCUCCUUUCUUCCUAUCCCCUCUCUCAUUCGCGCAUCCACUGUCUGCAAGCUCUGGUACUCCAUUAUCUCCUCCCCCACCUUCUCUUCCAUUACCCACCCUCGCUCCCCCCAUAACCAACCCUGGUUCUUCCUCUACGGCUUCCACAACAUCUCCUCUAAGAACAAUCAGUCCUUUGCCUUCGACCCCGUCUCCUAUCGUUGGCUCCGCCUUCCCACCUUCUCCGCCCUCCAGCCCCAACAGCAAUCCAUCACUUCCUUCAUCGGAACUAAUGGCUUUUUCUUCACUACUGCUCCCAAAUUCUGUUACGCUCGAACCCUUAAUCCUCUCUGGCGUGCCACUCCUCCGCUCCAUUUUCCCCGGACUAACCCUCUUUUGGGUGUUUUCACUGAUGGCAGUGAUUCCUCCCCUAAGUUUAUUGUUGUCGGUGGCGUGAAGUUUAUCGGGAAUUUGGUUGACAUUGAGGAGCGAUUAGAUUUGGAAAUUUACGAUCCUCGUUCCGACUCUUGGGAGCUUGGUCCUCCUUUGCCGGCGGAUUUUAGAUCUGGCAAUUCGUCGUCGUCGUUGUCGUCGGCGUUGUUUGGAGGGAGAUUUUACGUGCUUGGGAUAUCUUCGUGCUUUAUUUCCUCAUUUGAUUUGCGUGAACGUGUUUGGAGUCAGGUUCAGACGCUUAGGCCUCCUGAGGUUGUUUUCUCGUUCUUAAUUGCGUGCAGGGAAGUGCUUGUUUUGGCUGGUAUUCGUAACGCACCUCUUGGACCGUCCUUUAAUUUGUGGAAGGUCGAUACAAAGACGAUGGAGUUAAGUGAGAUUUCAGUGAUGCCCCAUAGUUUACUUUACAGCUUGUUUGAUAGUGAUGAGGACGACAACUUUGCAAGCCUGAAAUGCGUGGGGUUGGGGGAUUUUAUAUAUGUUUUCAAUGAAGAUUAUCACAGGGUAUAUCCAGCUUGUCUUUGUGAGAUUGAUAGCAAGUCUGGCAGGUGCAAUUGGAGAGGAGUGCCCCCUUUGCCAUUACCUGUGAACAAGUUUCACAAGGUCACUAGCUUUUGUUCAACUGUUUCACUGCAUAGUAUUCUGGGUGAACGAGGACAUCCUGCCCUUCUGCAGUCGGCCUGACUGUUCAUUCCUCUACCGCGGAUCCAUCAAAAAAUUAUGAAGCAAUUCCUUGGGCAAACACCCAAGCAUGGGUUGGGAUAGCCAUAUGCUCAAGAAUAUAUAGAUGCCUGCUACUCCAACCUUGUUCACUGUUCAUUCUCAUCUCACGAGUCCGGAAGCUCUCUUUCAACAAUAUAUACAGUGGAUGAAACCAGAGUUGCGUUUGUAUAUGCCUUGUCUGUCUGGGAAAUAAAUGGCUAUUAUUAGUGUUCUUAACUGGUAUGUAAAUGUAAUUUAGCAAGUGAAUUAUAUUAGUUGUAAAUUACGAUGUUGGGCUAUUAUGUUUACAGUAUUAGCAGUGUUUUUAUUUCUUUCUUUCCAAGCAACUUGGCAAGCUUAGCUAGGUGAAGGUUCUGCCUAUGGUAAACUUCUGUAAUGUUUUGAAUUACUUAAUUGCAUGUAGAAACAUUGUGUAUCCAUGUGUUUUUCGUAGCAAGCAAAUUGAUGUAUGACCGGUCA